GCCUCAUUUUCAUUCAUCUCCGGUCCUGUUCGACAGACAUGGGUUUAACACCAAUUUAUGGAAUAGCAGAACCGUUUCAACUCCCGGAAUCACAGAGACGACUUGCUUACACCGCCGCUGUAGCUGUAGUAAUUGGAGCAAUACUAGUGAUUUGCGCCGAGUUGUUAGAGAAGAUGCAAGCUCGAUCACAACAGAGAGAGGCGCUAGAAGUGCGAGAUCGAAUGAUUAUUCCUCCACGCUGCGAUGCCAAGUCGAAGGAUAUGGGACUUACUCAAGUGCAAUUUUGGAAGGACUAUUUUACGAGGGACGAGCCUUUCGUGCCAACGCCGUAAAUCGUCGUCUUCUCAUCGUUGACUGGAAGUCAAAGAUAUCGACAAUUCA